AUGACGGUCCUCAGUCAUUUGAAACGAGUCCAUCAACACAAUGUUGCGACUCUGCGCCGCCAACCCGCCGCCGAAAUUUCUGGCGCUUUGGGCGACCUCGGAACUUUGCUUCCCUUGAUGAUUGCACUCGCCGUGCAACGAUCUAUCUAUCUUGACAGCACCUUGGUGUUUACUGGCAUUUUCAAUGUUGUGACCGGUGCUGCUUUUGGCAUCCCGCUGCCAGUACAACCGAUGAAGGCCAUUGCAGCUGCUGCAAUUUCUAGAAGCGAAGACAGCGGCAUCAGAACUGUCAUGGCUGCUGGUCAGUGGGUCAGUCUGGCGGUUUUGAUCAUGAGUCUCACUGGUCUUCUUCGCUGGGUUACACGAAAUGUUCCCGUCCCGGUUGUCAAGGGUAUUCAGCUUGGUGCUGGCCUCUCUCUCGUAAUGGCCGCCGGUUCAGGCUUGCUUCGAGACUUGCACUGGACUCAUCCCGUUCUGGACAAUAGGCUCUGGGCCCUGGCUGCUUUCUUGGUGCUCAUCUUCACGCAGGGACUUCCCCGCUUCCCCUACGCCUUAUACAUCUUCCUCUUGUCGCUUGUCUUUGCGUUCAUUUCCAUCCUGAACGCCGAUCAUCACGAGCCGCACAACCUGCCGUGGUUCCACGUCUGGGUUCCGCAAUUGCUGCACUGGAACUUCAACUGGUUCAAGUAUAAGCCCAUCACGAUGGCCAUCGGCCAGCUGCCUCUCACUACGCUCAACUCUGUCAUUGCUGUCAGCGCCCUCGCUGCCGACUUGCUCCCUGAUAUGCCUACCCCGACUGUCACCGGCAUGGGCAUCAGCGUUGGCAUCAUGAAUUUGGUGGGUACCUGGUUUGGUGCUAUGCCAGUCUGCCACGGCGCCGGAGGCCUGGCCGCUCAGUACCGAUUCGGCGCGCGAAGCGGUGCCAGCGUCAUCAUCCUGGGCCUGUUCAAGAUUAUCUUGGGCGUCGUCUUUGGCGGAACUCUUCUCGACUUGCUGUCGCAUUACCCCAAGAGCCUGCUUGGUGUCAUGGUCAUCGCCGCCGGUCUCGAGCUUGCCAAGGUCGGCCAUAGCUUGAACCACGGUGCCUCUGACCUGUGGGAGAGUUCUGCAGGCAACAACGACGGUGGUCUUCUCAGACAACACCGCUCGCUAUCUGACGAUGAGAGGGCUGAAAGAUGGACUGUCAUGCUGAUGACCACUGCGGGACUUCUUGCCUUCAGGAAUGAUGCAAUUGGAUUCAUCGCGGGUAUGUUGUGUUUCUGGGCCUAUAGGGCUUCGGAGAGAACUGCGCGCUGGUGGCAGUCUAAGCGACCUAUGUUCGGGGAGCGAGAGCCGCUUCUGCGUUAA